CCGGAGGCUGGACGUGACUCUCUCCUCUCCUCUCCUCCGCAGUGCACUUGCAGCUGAGCAGCUCUCCGGACAGGACCGUCUCCUCCUCCCCUCCUCUCCUUUAUAUCACUCCUGCCUUUGGCGCUGGCCAGAGUAGCAGCGGCGCUGCUGGAAGGCUGCGGAGACUCUUCCAUCCGACUCCACGGUGCGGAGGUUUUCCCGGACAGACGCGUGACGGCGCGGACUCUUAAUCCCGCUGAAUCCCAAUCCGACAACAAUCCGUGCCUCUGGAAUUAAGAUGAGCGCUUCUGCCGCACGGCUCUACUCCACAUAGCGCCGCGUUUCCCUGCUCCAGAUCUGUUUCAUGUGACUCCUGCGUACGAAGAAGGAUGACUGCUACCUUUCCGCUGGUGAUUCUGUGCGCCUUGGCGACGUUAGCGCUGGCGUCCAAGACGGAGCGGGCGCUGAACGUUGAGUGUGACUCUGGCCAGUUCACCACCGGCGGGGAAUGCUGCAUGGAGUGUCCACCUGGAGAGGGAGUGGUGAAGGAAUGUGGCGCCGCUCAGACUGUCUGCGCUCAGUGUUUGGACAGUGAGACCUACUCAGAGAACUACAGCCACACGGAGAAGUGCAAACUGUGCACUCAGUGUACCGGCCUGAUGCGGAUGGAGACUCCCUGCACCGACUCAAACGACGCCAAAUGCGUCUGCAAGUACAACUUCUACUUCAACAGCGUCUCUGGACGAUGUGAGCCGUGCACUGUGUGCCCGCUGGGACAGGGCGUUUACUCGCACUGCGACGCUUACCACGAUACCAUAUGUGAGGAGUGUGUGGACGAGACGUUUUCUGACCGGGAGAGCUACCUGGAACCCUGUUUACCCUGCACCAUCUGCGAGGAAGACAUCGAGACUCAGCUGGCUGAGUGCACGCCCACCAGUGACUCCGUCUGCCACAACCCAAACAUGCCCACAGACUUUCCAAUCAUAAACAGUGAAGCAUCGAUUUUUCCCGAUUACCCCGACCCGGAAGGCUCGAUCAGCCCGUUCCCGAGUGGAGAGACGACCACGUCCAGCGGCGGCGCUCCUCACUUCCUCGGCCGGGGCUUCAACGAAAACCUCAUCCCGAUUUACUGCUCAAUCCUGGCUGCUGGUGUGGUUGGCCUGGUGGCAUACUUUGUGUUUAAGAGGUGGAAUAGCUGCAAGCAAAACAAGCAACCAGCUAAUAACCGUGCGGCUACAAACAACCAGAUGGUAACACCGGAGGGAGAGAAGCUGCACAGCGACAGCGGCAUCUCAGUCGACACUCAGAGUCUGCAGGAGCAGCAGCAGCACGCACAGGCUGAAGCCCAGCCUCAGCCGUCACGCUCACACACACAGGAGCAAAUAGUGGUGAGGGUAGAUGGAAGCCCCCAGACCGACUCGCCUCCGACCGAAGUCUAAGGAAGAAGAGGAGGAGGAGGAAGACGAAUUGGCAGGGCUCGGGAACCGAAGGAAGGGGGUGCCACGCAGAGAAUGUAAAAACAAGACAUUGAUUCAUAAUUCAAGUGGCCACAGAAAAACGUACAGAAACCCUCCAAUGUGCUUGGGGCAGCCGACGGAGACUCUUCGUCCCUGCAUGUGGAGUCAAACUCUGUCAUAUAGAGUGCCUGGACACCGAAUCUAUGGCAAUAGCAAACAAGAACAAGUAUAACAACAUGCAACAUAGUUUUUAGGAGCUGCCAGAUUAACCUGUACUUCCCUUUUAACGUCUCCGUUUUUAAUCCCAUGUUUAUGCUUUUUUUAAAUUUUUUCUUUAUUUGGAGGGUAUUUUUUCUCCUCCUGUCCUCUGUUGGCAUCAGAGAUACAAAAACAGCAGGGGUGCCAUUAGCAAUUCCCAGCUUUUUCUGGAAUUUCUUCCUUCCCUUUCAUUUAAUGACCAAUGUUAAUGUCAUUGUUUGAGAACAGCUACAAGGAUUCAUCCUAGUGACUCAUGUUUUGAUGAGACUGCUCAGUAAUUAACUCUUUUUUUGUUUUUUUGAAUAAUUAGAUGGCUCUAUGGCUGUGUAACAGACAUAAACUCCCUCUCUAGCAGUGCCUCCAGGGAUUGUAUUUUAGCAGCUUCAUGUUCAUAAUGUUUGUCUCAUGUUUGUGUUUGCGCGGUUGUGUCAUUUUGAGGCUUUAGUUUCACGACCGAAUCAGCAGGCUGGAUUCGCUGGAGGUGCAACGUGAGAGGAACAUCUCUGGACUCAGCGCCGCUGCUGACUCACCGAGAUGAGUCGUCUGAUGGGAAACGGGGGGGGGGGAUCCAUUUACAGAGCCAAAAAACAAACAAACAAAAAAGAAUCACGACUGCUAAUUAAACUACUUAAAUGAGUUUGGGACUGGGGAAAAAAAUCAAAUCUGCAGGAGGAAUCCCAUCCAAUCAUUCUUCGGUGAAAUUGGGACAGCCCUCAGAGGAAGCCGGCGCUUCCACCUCCACAAGCUCACGCCUACCGUAAAACACACAGCCUUACUUACACAAGGCUUACCUGGGAGGCGGGUAGUAAUUACCUCAGGGUUUUAGCUUUAUUUACCCUCUGCUUGCAACACAGUUCCUGCUGAAGCCUCAAUGUGACAUCAUAUUUUCAUUUUCCAAGGCAGAACCACCCGACAUUUACUGCAUUUUCCAGUUGAAAUCAAGCACUUAAGCACAGGCUUACAUGUCAGGCCUGGUGGUAUCUUUUUUUAUGGAAUGCCCCUUUAAUGUGUCCCCUUCCUGCUGCUUGAAGCGACUGUAGAAGUGAGCUUAAAUACCAUGUAGAGGACACAUACUGUAGCCGAGCUUGACUGCAUUCAUUGCUUACAGUGGCACAUAGAUUCUCAGGAAUUAACUUGUUGUAGUAUGACUGAGAUUAAAUGAGUAUUUACACAAUUUAAAACAAUGGAGAAAUAAAUACUUUGAUUUGGUUGUUUACAUCCUGUUGAUGCAGUGCAAAUUGUUGGCCCAUAUUUGGGGAGUGAACCAGAUUCUUGCCGGUUCAACCUGUACCAAUAGUUUAAAAUAAUGUGUUAUGAGCACUUCGUUAAUGGGAGAUGGAUUAUUGUUUACAAAGGGGUGGAAGCUAAUGCUGCGUUCGCGCCAAAUGCGUUUUGAGCGUCAGGCGCGUCUGGUUUACGUUCAAAGCCUAUUUGGACGCACAUUGAGAGAGCGUAGCGGCGUGUUUCGUGUGUCUAGCACCGCGCGAUUUAAAGCGUUUUGACCGUUUGACGGGCGUCCAACAUAAUGCUGGUCUGAACUUUUGCCGCUCAACUUGGAGCGUCAACUAAUCAGAGAAACUUGGCUAUGUAACAUAAUGGCCUGCAGUUGAUGUCCUGCCCAGAGAUCCAGGCACUGAUGCGGGUUAGCUUGUCGUCAGCGCCCAGCUAGCUUGUGAAACUCACAACUCCUCUAAAUUAUCUGGUAAAUUCAGAUACACGGACACAUUCUGUUGAUUUCAAUAAAUAAAACCUAGACAGUGUUUCAUCUGCCGUUGUUCAAAGUAACCAAGAGAGAAAAAAAAAAUUCAAGAAGCUCCAACGCGCGUCAUGCAGUUAUCCGCCGUCAUUGUUUUUGGUUCAAUAGAAACUAAACACAAGAUGUUCAUCAUCUGAGCUUCCGUUAUGACUGCAGAAGCUUCACUACAUUAUAGUUUGGUGUCACUCUCUCAAUUUCAUCUGCCAUUGUACAAACAGACCGGCAACGGAAAACAAUAUCUCGUUCCAACUCAGGUCUAGCACGAUUUUGACGCGUGUCCAUAUAGACUUUGAAUGUAUCCAGACGCGGCUGACGCUCAAAUCGCUUUUGGUGUGAACGCAGCAUAAGCGUCAAGCGUCUGACUUCAAAGCUUACCCAGAGGCGUUUUUGACAACCAAAGAGUGUUCAGUCUGAAAGCAGCAUAAGGGCCAAAAGUGCAUGUGCGUUCGAUGACGAGCUAAGAUCACAGUGCCAUCUAGUGGCUUGGCAUGACAACUACAACUGACUCAAAGUGUGCAGGUGGAAAAUUUCCCCAAUAAACAUCCGAAAAUACUGGCGGUUUCCAGGCAACGGUCUUCUGUAAACAUAGCCUUGUUGGCCAUUUACCAUAAAAUCUUGGUGGUUCGCAAUCAGUUAGCCAUAAUGCUUACAGACUGCAAAACGGAAUGUGGCAAUUAAGCUAAAUCAAAAGAGCCAGCUGAUGAAAAAGUAGAACAAAAAUUUUAGUUUUAAAGAAGAAAACAAAUUUAUUUACCAUUUUGGGAAUUGCUUCACUCCAACUAGCCUUUGCUUGAAUUACCUCAAAGGUUAUUCCCGGUUUCUUGAAUAUACACAACCUCAUCACAGACGACAAACUGUCCGUCUAAUCUUAGUCAAAGUUUUGUGAAAAACUAUUUGCCCCUUUAAGAUUUCUUCUGUUUUGCUAACAGUUAAAUUUCAUUCCCAACCCUGUAGACCAAAGUAAUCCCUCAAAUAAAAUCUGCCAGACAAAAGAAAUAAAAAGGUCUUUUCUCUUUUUGACAAUCUGGAACACUUAAUCUGGAAUUACCCAACUGUGAGAAAAGUGUAAUAACAGAAAACAUCAAACUUCAUUUUCACUGAAGUUUGAGAGCGUAAAGCUCACAAAAACAUUGCAUUGCCCUGCCUAAACCCGGUAGCUUUAAUGCAUAUUUAUUUAACAAAGAGACAAAAAUAUUAAAAAUCCUUCUGUACUGACAUUAUUCCUAAUUUUUCUUUUUUAAAAACGAAAAAUGUAUACCUUGCUAAGUUGAACAAGGUAUUUUUAGGUAGAAAAUAUGUUUUAUAGCAUUCGAAUAUAAGUUGCAGAGACAUGAAUGAAUAGUCUGAUCAGAUGAUAGUUGUUGGAUUGGCAUAGAUUUGUCUAGAAAUAACCAGAUUACAAAUGUUAGAAAAAAAAAAAAAUCAG